UUUUAUUUUCUAGGGCCGAAAUGACGUGAUAGCAAUUUUGCAAAAGAUUUUGCAAGAAACGCCUCGAAUUCUGUAGUUAUCGAGGUAGAAAAGAGCUCUUAAACUUUUGAGAAGCAUAAUCAUGUUGGAUCUCGAAGUCGUUCCGGAAAGAUCCUUGGGAAAUGAGCAGUGGGAGUUUAUACUUGGAAUGCCUGUCGCGCAAUGUGUGCAAAUCCUGAAGCGGCAAUGUCGUGUGAUCAAAUCGGUACAAGCUAUGUACAGUGAGGCGAACCCUUUGGCAAUGGAUCUGGUCUUAAACCUGCCCAAUGAUGGAGUUAGACUGGUCUUUGAUCCUGUUACACAGAGACUUAAGAUAAUUGAAGUUUACAGUAUGAACAAGGUCAAGUUGAAAUACUGUGGAGUGCACUUCAACUCUCCUCAAGUUCAGCCAACAAUCGAACAAAUUGACAUGUCAUUUGGAGCAACACAUCCUGGAGUCUAUGAUCCCUCCCAUCAGCUGUUUAUUCUGAACUUCAGAGGUCUCUCUUUCUCUUUUCCAAUUGACUCAAAGUUUGAGGAUGUUUUAAGCUCACUUGGAUCUCCAUGCAAAGUGUUUUACAAAGCUGAAGAUAAGAUGCGGAUCCACUCUCCUUCUCCUCACAAGCUUGCCCAGUCCAAGAGUUCGGAUUACUUCUUUAAUUACUUCACUCUUGGAAUUGACAUCUUGUUUGAUGCAUACAGCCAUCUGGUGAAGAAGUUUAUUCUGCACACUAAUUUUCCAGGACAUUACAACUUUAACAUGUAUCAACGCUGUGAAUUUAAGGUUGGAAUUCACAGGGAUUCCAAAGAUUCUGAUCUCGAUGAUGGAACCCCUUUUGUAUUAACUUCGUGUACGAAGUGGGACAGUGUUCAGGAUUACCUGGGCAAACCAGUCGAGGCGCCUGUGGUACUCAAUCGAUCUUCUUCCACCAACACCACCAACCCGUUUGGUUCAACUUUCUGCUACAACCUGCAACACAUGAUUUUCGAGGUGAUGGCCAACAACCAUUUAGCAUCAGUUACACUGUAUCCCCAUUGCAACAAGACAGACAAUCAUCUUAUAACAUAAACGUCCAUUGAAUUGGAGUGGUUAGGUGUGUGAUUACGUGACUCAGGCUGGCUGGAGAAACAUUGGACUAGAAUGUUCUCAGCGGAGACACAAAUGUCUCUUACCUUUGUUUGGGAAAGGGGUUUUGAUAUAUUGUUAAGAGAGAAACCGCGUUCAUUUGUUUCUUUUUUUUUUUUUCUAAGAAAACCAUUAUUGGUUUUGAAGAAAAUUUUUGACGCUGGGAUAAACUUUGAGAAGUAAAAAGAGGGAAGUUUGAAACUUUCGUGUUACUGUAUUCGAUUGGUUACAUUACUUGUUUUGCAGUAGCUAAUUAUAUUAUGAUUGUUAUUGCUUAACAUUUCAAAAAUUAAAACUAAUUUAUAGCCUUCCGUUUUGUAAAUAAUGAUGUAAAUAAAAC